GUAUGCAGUAUGUACUUUAGUUUACUGUAUGCAUUUUUUUUGUUUCCUUUGUUUCAAAGUCAGCUUUAUUUGGGCAGCUCAGGAAAUACGUGGAGCUGGCAAAAUACAAAGAAGCCUUAGCUUCUGAUAAGGUUAUAAGAGCCAUGCUAAUAGGUGUAAUAGACUGAUAAUAUUUAACCAACUUUGACGUCAUCUCCGGACCUGUCGUGGGUAGUUUGUUUGCCAACUUGCAUAUGGCUGUAAUAACUUAUUCGUCAAAAAAAGGUAUAAAUUAAAAUAAACUGAUCAAGACAAUUUUACAUCGAACAUGGAUGAAGACAAUUCAUCUCAACCGAGAUAUUUAGCUGCAAUAUGGCUUGUUUUGGGGCUAUAUAUCUUUCUUACAAACCUAUUUUCAAGUUACGUGUUGUGGCUGACUAAAGGUACUCGAGAGAAAGCCGAGUUGGGACGUCAUAUACACUCGCUCUGGAAUCAAAUUUGUACGAACAUCGCUUUUUCUUUGGUCGGUUUGAGCCUGUUUCUAACCGCGGCAAUACUAUUAGCAAGUAACAGUUUUUCUGAUAGAUUGUGUGGUUUUAUCACUUUUGUGCAUGCAUUUAGUUUCAAUUUUGCUGCAUUUGGAAUUCUUGUCCAACUAAUCGACAAAGCUUACAACUUUCUUAAGCCUUUUGAAUAUAGAUUUUAUUGUAGAGUUGAAAGCAGAGUUCCUCUAGCUAUUUUUGUUUGCAGUACAUUAUAUGCUAUUUUCAUUGCUGUUUUACCCUUGACAACAUUGGGUACAUACUACCAACUAAAAUACACCAGUAUAUGUAUGAUGAAAUGGGAACACAAGCGGGCACCUCUGGUCACAGUGUGUUUCAGUCUUAUCCUACAAGUGACAACAAUUGCUUUUAUCAUCUUUGACGUACAGCAAGUGUGGAAACUCUAUAGAAGCAGAAGACGGUUAAAGGUGCCAUUCAUUCGACAUAAAGAAACACAGAUCUUUAUGUUAGUUCUUACAAGUCUAUUUUCAAUUUGCUGGUGCCCAUAUAUUAUUGCAAUGCUGGUAUCUGUGAUACCUUCAGGUGGGCAUCCAGGUGAAGUGGGGAUCGCUGUGUUAUUUGGGAUCACAUUGGUACCCCUGUUGGUAUCCCCUGUGCUUACAUACUUUCUUCAUGGUCACUAUCAAGAGGAAUGCAAGAAGUUAUUGGGUGAUCUAAACAAGUACUUCAUUUACUUCAUGUCCAAGAAGAACCCUAGCACAACAGGUUGAACUUUGGAACAAUCUCUGGUCUACUCAAGUGGAGAUCACUAUUGGCAUUGUUGUUAAAUGGUAUGGAGACAGUGAACACUAAACAUCAUAUUAUAGACCUAAAAUAUGAAGAUAUUCAAAUGAAACAUAUUCUAGUUAUUAUAUCUUCAGUAGCAUUCAUUAGCAACUUCAAAAGUUGUUCUUAUAUGAACUAUAUGAUUAUAUAAUUAUUCCCAGUGUAGUUAUCCACAUUGUGCCAUGUUCAUCCAACAUACUGUUUGGGUGAUUCCCCGCCGUGUGUGCGACACCCUGUGUGUUUAAUGUACACGCGCCUUGAGAAUUGCUUCUUACAUAUUAUCAUAUGUAUUUGACAAUUAUACACGCAAGGUGAAUGCUUUAUAUGUAAAAACCUUGCUUUUAAACAA